AUGACGGCCGAAACCAUUAUUCUAUCCACUGGCAAUACCAUGCUUCAACAAGGCGUGGGUGCCGCCGAUAAUUCCCAUACCGAACUCACUUGGAGUCUACGCGACAACUUCGAAGGCUCAAAGAACGAGGCCAAAGAGCUGUCUCAAGAGAAGGCUGAAUCUAUCGAUUGGAUCUCAUACUCGAACGAUGCCAAGACCAUGUACAUCCCACGCCUCGACUUCACCAACAGCUCCCUACAUGAAGAGCGCGAACAAUAUGAUAUAACUGCAAAGGUCUUCUUCCUCUCCGAUGAGGACACUUCUGCAAGAGAGGAGCAUCUUCGCCAAGCUGUCGAUCUGGUUCAGAAAGAGUUGCACAUGCCCAACGUCGAUCUCUUGAUUGUUUCCUUCCCUGGAGUCUACUUUGACGAGGAGAGCGAAUGCUGUCCAGACAAGAUCAAGAGCAGAGGAACAAAGGAAUCUUCUCCCGAGCCAGUCGACGAUCAAUUGGAGACCUGGAAACUGGUCGAGAAGCUGCACAAAGAUGGAUUGGUACGAAGACUUGGUGUCUCCGAAUUUGGCGCGAACCGCUUGCAACCCUUCCUCGACAAGGCAAGUGUCAAGCCCUCGGUCAACCAGAUCAGCUUGCGCGACUGCUGCAGUGUACCCCAGCCCCUGUCCAGUCUCGCUAAGAGCAAAAACGUCGAGUUGUAUGUCAACAAUGACUCGGUCAACAUCAUGCCUCGUGGCACAAUCAGGGGUCUACUCGAUAACGAAGGUGCUGGUGUCCUAUCGCAAGCCUCGGAGAAGGUUGGUGAGAAGAGAAAGAGACAAGAGAAUGGUCAAAAGAUGGAAGGCCAGGUUAUCCCUCAAUGGGUCAUCAAAUACACUGCAGUCGUGAAGAACCGAGGCGUGGUCGAGAAUAAGGGCUAUUUCGCAUGCGCAAAGUAUGUCGAAGUUGAUGAGAAAGCCUCUACCAACGGACAUGCCAACUAG